AUGGAGACCAAAGAAGAUGCGGAUAUUGCGUCUGCUGACAAAGGAGGAAAUAUAACGCAGCAACCACUGGAUAGCGCCAGUGAGAAGCACGCCAAGGGGCUUGUACAGGAAAAGGAUGGCGAUGAUAUCCUCAAGUCCGAGCCAGAAGAUGCCGAAUAUGUCAAAGGACACCCAGUGAUCCGAAACGGUGAUGAUGUAUCCAGAUUCAUCGUUUCCACCAGAGACGAUGGGGAUCCCACUCUGACAUUCCGGUCUAUGGUGCUGGGCUCAGCCUUCACUGCCUUGUCGAGUGUCAUUACCAUGCUCUAUCUCUUCAAGCCGGUCCAGAUGCAGAUCUCGCCGAUUUUUCUCCAGCUUCUUAUCUAUAUCCUCGGUCAGGCAUGGGCAUUGUUUACUCCGAGUCCGGACAGAUGUCGUUGGAAAUGGCUGCGGAAUGUACUUCGCUUUCUGAAUUUCGGACAGCCCUUUGGGAUCAAAGAACAUGUCGUUGCAUCCCUGGUCGCCUCGUCUGCUAACAACGGUCUCUCUGGGGUGGAGGUCUAUGCCGUCGAGCGACUCUUUUACAACAUCAGCGUGUCAGCAACCACCGCGGUCCUCGGUACUUUCUCAAUUUCGCUUUGUGGAUUCAUCCUGGCCGGUCUCUUGCGGCCUUUGAUUGUCUAUCCCGCUGAGAUGGUGUACUGGACCACCCUCCCCCAGGUGGUGCUCUUCCAAAACCUGCAUUUCGAUGCCAAGGCAAACCGCGGCCGCCUCAUCAAGUUCGGCUGGGCGUUGGGCCUGGCUGCAAUCUGGGAACUCUUCCCUGCGUACAUCAUCCCCUGGCUCUCGGGGUUCUCUGUAUUCUGCCUCGCCUCGAUGCAUGCUCCCCUCCAUACCCGAUCCGUCUUCUCGCGUAUCUUCGGAGGCGCCGCAUCCAAUGAGGGUGUAGGGCUACUGAACUUCGGCCUCGACUGGCAAUAUAUCCAGAGUACAUACCUAUCUCUGCCACUCAAGCAGCAACUCAACAGCUGGAUUGGAUAUGUCAUUUUCUACCCGGCCAUGCUAGGGCUCUUCUACGGCAAUGCAUGGGGCGCGAAGAAGUUCCCUUUCAUGUCGACUUCGCUCUUUCAGGAUAACGGGAAACAGUUCCACACCUCAUCAAUUACCAACGACAGGGGGAUCAUCAAUUUCGACAAAUUGGCAGAAAUAGGUCUCCCGCAGCUCACUUCCAGCACGGUCUGGGGGUAUCUGACGCAGAACUUGGCCAUUGGGGCUUUGAUAACCCAUGUCCUCAUCUUCAACGGCAAGGAUAUGUAUCUCUCCUGGAAGCAAGCCCGCAGUAGAACCCAGCCCGACCCGCAUUACCAGGCAAUGCUCCGGUAUAAAGAGGUACCCAUGUGGUGGUACUUCGCCCUGUUCCUGCUAGCCUUCGUUGCCGGUCUUAUCGUCAAUAUCAAGGGAGAGACUACUCUGCCAGUGUGGGGUUACAUCAUCGCAUUGCUUGUUGGCGCUUUCAUCGCGCCUUUCUCUUGCAUUCUAUAUGGAUUGUACGGCACUGGUGUUGCGACAAACCAGCUAUCCAAGAUGAUUGCCGGCGCCGUGCAUCCCGGCCGCCCGCUCGCCAAUCUCUACUUCGCCAGCUGGUCGCACCAGGUCAUCCUGCUGUCAGUCAACCUGGCCAAUUGGCUCAAAGUCGGACAGUACACCAAGAUCCCGCACCGGAUCAUGUUCGCCACCCAAAUCUACGGGACGUUGCUCGGCGCCGGGCUCAACUACGCCAUCAUGACAACGAUCGUAACCAAUCAGCGCGAAAUCCUCCUCGACCCGGAGGGCAACAGCGUCUGGAGCGGCUCGACGGUGCAGAGUCUGAACUCGCAAGCCAUCACCUGGGCUCUAGCACGGUACGUAUACGGCGUGAACGGAAAGUAUCUCAUCGUGCCUCUGGGUCUGGUCAUCGGCCUCGCCUUACCGUUCAUCCACUGGGGUCUGAUGAAGGUCUUCCCGCGGAUCCGCGACUGGCAUCUCAACACGGCAAUUAUUACCACAUAUGCUGGCUCCUCCUACUUUGGGAAUACAUCGUGGAUCUUCUCGUCGAUUGCGGUGGGUGUGUUCUCGCAGGUGUGGCUGCGACGUCGGCUGCCGGGGAUUUAUAACAAGUACAACUAUCUCAUCGGGGCCGCGAUGGAUGGGGGAUCGCAGAUUGUUAUCUUCAUUCUGUCCUUUGCUGUCUUUGGGGCUAGUGGGACGGAGCAUCCGUUCCCAACCUGGUGGGGGAAUCCGGCUGGCAAUCCGGAUCAUUAUUCACGCAUUCAUAUGCUGUACGAUUCCAACGACUGGGAAUGUCCGUAG